AUGGGUUAUUAUUUAGCUGAUGGUAUAUAUCCGAAAUGGUCAACUAUUGUGCAAACUAUUCGUGAACCACAAACAAGGAAGAAGAAGUAUUUUGCAAUGAAACAAGAAUCAUGUCGAAAAGAUGUUGAACGUGCUUUCGGAGUGUUACAGUCACGUUUUGCAAUAGUUGCAGGGCCAUCACGUUUUUGGAAAAAAGAAGUGUUGCAUAAUAUUUUUACUACAUGUAUUAUCAUGCAUAAUAUGAUAAUCGAGGAUGAACGUGAUUUUAGUGCACCUAUUGAAGAUGGUAGAGAAUUUUCAGCUCCAACUGUUGAAAUAGUUGUCGAUGAAACUACUCGAUUUGAACAAUUUUUAGCUCGACACAAAAAAAUUAAGGAUAAAGAUGCUCAUUUUGCACUUCGUAAUGCAUUAAUAGAGCAUUUGUGGGAGCAAUAUACAAAUUCAAAUGAUCAUAUCAAUUAG